AUAAUACCACAACCAAGUUCGAGUUGUGAAUAUCCUUGAGAGAUAUGUGAGGUGUUUUUGAGAGUUUUUAGUUAGAGCUUGUAUGUCUCUUCUUUCUAUUCUUGAAAAGGAUCGGCCCAUUUACCCCCUCAUUCAAACGAAUGUCCAGCCCAACAAGGCAACCCACCCCGAAGAGCGUCCAGUUAGGACAACGGUGGGUCACGCCCGCGGACAAAGGCCACGACGACGAACGUCUCCCCCAAAAGCCCAUAACUGCAUGAUGGCCAAUCCAAUCUAUAUGAUAAAUUCUCCCAAGGGCCAGGAUACGAACGACCCACGACUUUUGCGAGGGUCAUCGGGAGCAGGCCCCAAGCAGAGGGACGUUCGUCCCCACGGAUUAGGCGGGAACCCAGAUUCUGGCGCGAAGCGCAUUUAAUGCUGAAGAUUUGGUGGUUGGGACAUUAGCCAUUCAUAGCUCUCCACAUCAGCAUGGCUAACUGCCCAUUGGUAGUAUAAAUAGUAGCAUUUAUUUCAUUGUAAAGGGUUGACAACUUACUAUACUUAGCUUAUUACCUUAUUACACGCAGCUCUUCUACUGCAGUAUAAGACGAACGGCCUUUGGCCUUAGCAAUUUUAGUGUACCGGGG